AUGAGAACGAUUGAGGAGACUCGGAAGAGGUGGGAAAUCUUAUUCCUCGGAAAUGACACAACUUCGGAUCUCCAGGCGGCGCUGCGGGCUGAACAGGGCAGGAAGUUGUGCAACGAAGGACUGAGGUCGGUUUGCUGGAAGUUAUUUCUGCUCUUCGAGAAUAUUGACCGUGAACGGUGGUCGGAGAAGCUUGACGAAUCAAGAGACGCAUACGGAGCUCUGCGAGAUCAUUUCCUGAGGAAUAUCGAACACCCAGAUGAUAUAGAGUCGACGAUAGAUCCGCUGGCGGAUGAAGAGGAGUCUCCGUGGCAAUCACUUCGUAAUGACGAAAGGCUGCGCGGGGAGAUAGUCCAGGACGUGGAUAGAUGUUUGCAGGAGAAUCUUUUCUUCCAAGAUCCUGCGACUAAAGCAAAGCUGACAGACAUUUUGUUUGUUUACUCGAAACUCAAUCCUGACGUCGGGUACAGGCAGGGUAUGCACGAACUGUUGGCCCCGAUACUUUGGGUGGUUGACAGGGACUCCGUUGAAAAGCCGAGCGAAAGAUUAAAUGAUGCGAACAAUGAAGAGGAUGGCUUGAUCCUGGAUCUCUUGGACUCGAAGUUUGUGGAGCACGAUUCAUUCACUCUAUUUCUCUCUGUUAUGCAAACAGCACGUAUUUAUUACGAACACGGAGAAACAAAGACUACCAAUGGCCAGGUGGAUGUCAUUCCGAUUGUCAGUCGAUGCGAGUACCUACAUAAGGAAGCCUUGAUGAUUAUCGACCCUGAACUGGCAGAGCACCUCGAAGCAGUGGAGGUGCUGCCGCAAAUAUUCUUGACUCGAUGGAUGCGCCUUUUGUUUGGUCGAGAAUUUCCGUUUGAUGAUGUCCUCAUGAUGUGGGACGUAUUCUUCGCCCAUGGCCUCCGUUCAGACCUGGUGGACUUUACGUGUAUUGCAAUGCUGCUUCGGAUACGCUGGCAAUUACUCCAAGCGGAUUACUCAGGUGCUUUAUCAAUGCUACUGCGGUAUCCCUCGCCACAUCCAUACGAGCCUUGCGACUUCGUGAACGAUGCUCUUUAUUUGGAGCAGAACCCAACUGCUGAGCGUGGAAGAUUCCUUAUCUCCCAAUAUUCAGGCAAGUCCCCAGAAAGUCCAAAGCGUCAGCAAACUAUGCGGCAAGCUAGAAGAGCUCGUUUAUGGCAAGAUUUUACAAGCAACAGCGAAGGUGGAAUACUCGCGCGAAACAGCCCUAAGAGCUUUGAGAGCUUAUUUCAAGAUGUUUCUCAAGGGAUCCAGCGACGUACAGAGGCUUGGGGGGUGGCCAAAGCGGUUCGAGGUGCGGUGACCGAAGCCAGGAAAAAUAUGCAAACUAUGCAUUACGAACCUCCACCACGCAUGGCGGCUGGCAAACCUCAAAAAAAGCCUUCCACAACAUCACGCAUCUCGCAGGAGGUGUCUACACCUACCGUGCUCGGACUGGAUAAGAAGAUCCGUCUUCUAGAAGAGCGAAACCAGGAACUGUCCACUGCACUUGCGCAAGCUCUACAAGAUCUACGAUCUGAAUUGACCAAGGCUAAAGAGCUGGAUCCGAGCUCCAAUAAAGCCAUGGAACAAGCAUUGGCUCGUGCAGAGUCUGUUCGCCAUUGCCUAUUGGACCCUUCACGCCCAGUAGUGGCCGCCAUGCCGGCUCAGGUACCAGUACAGGACAAGACCGAAGGACAGCCAACCAGCGUCGACCAAAAAGCCCCAGUGGCGCUGGAAAAUCAGCAAGGCACGCACUCUAUCGCGGAUGCCGGCGGGCCGAGCGCUGAGAGUGGAACCCAAACGCUCUCCGGUCAGGCCGCCGGGGAGCGGGCGGUGCGGGCGGAACGGACGCCUGUCCGACCUUCCCUUUCUGACUCGGGAUUUUCCUGGAUGCUAGAAGGGAGCCGCAAUGUGUCCAGCUUUGUUAGCUCGGCCUCGGUGCCACCGGAGCAGACUCGACACCAGGACCAUGCCCGAACCAAAAGCAAUCCGCUCUUCGGUAACGGGGACGACAAGGUUGACUUGGAUACCGAGCACGAUGAACUGGCGCUCCGUAGCCUCAGAGGGGACCAGGAGCAGGGGCCUCUGUAA